UCUGCAUGCGAUAAGGAUCACAAACAAACGGGAAAAGGACAAAGAAAGUUAUCUCAUCCCACACCAACACAACAUAUUCUGUGCUCCGUACCUUAUCCAUCCUUCAACGGUCGAACAUCAAACAAACAAAGAAACCAUCAUCAUCAUCCUUGCCCCUGUCUACUACUAUCUAAAUAUAACAUCCUCACACAAACAACGGCAGUCAUCACCAUCCAAUCAUACAUCCAGGCGAACUACUACAUACCAACAGAGCACUGGGCCUGUAACCAUGGCUUUACCUCAAACGCAACACCAACCACAAGAACAACAACAGAAGACUAUUACACAACCAUCCCCGCAACCAACAACCACAGACAUCAAAACAAAAAUGAUCAAGAAAAUAACCACACACCCCACCCUUCCCUCACACCGCCGGAAAAUCUACCUUGCUUUGCUAUCCGUCCCCGCAGGCCGCUGGACCACCUAUGCUGCACUUGCCAAGCAUAUUGGUACUAGUCCACGAGCAGUUGGGGCCGCGAUGCGUCUGAACCCGUUUGCACCGGAGGUACCUUGCCAUCGGGUGCUGGGGGGCAACGGGAAGCUGCUGGUGGGGUACAGCGGUGCUGAGGGGUCAGGAGGGGCAAAGAAGAAAGCGAAGGAUGGAGUGGCGAUGAAGAAGAGAAUGUUGGAGGAGGAAGGGGUUGAGUUUACUGCGGAGGGGAUGGCGAGGGGGUUGUGUUUCGAAGGCUUUGGAAUGGGUUAGUUUGCUGUCAGUAAAGU